AUGGCCAGAAAAAGAGAACUUUCAUCUGAAACUCGACAGUCUAUUCUUGUUCUUAGAAAUGAAGGCUAUUCCAUGCGAGAAAUUGCUAAGAAAUUGAAGAUUUCCUACACCGGUGUGUACUACUCCCUUCAGAGGACAGCACAAACAGGCUCUAACCAGAGUAGAAAAAGAAGUGGGAGGCCGCGUUGCACAACUGAGCAAGAAGAUAAGUACAUUAGAGUCUCUAGUUUGAGAAACAGACGCCUCACAGGUCCCCAACUGGCAUCUUCAUUAAAUAGUACCCGCAAAACACCAGUGUCAACAUCUACAGUGAAGAGGCGGCUGCGGGAUUCUGGGCUUCAGAGCAGAGUGGCAAAGAAAAAGCCAUGCAGAACAAAUGAAAAGAUGCUGGAAGAAUGCCUGACGCCAUCUGUUAAGCAUGGUGGAGGUAAUGUGAUGGUCUGGGGUUGCUUUGGUGCUGGUAAGGUGGGAGAUUUGUACAGGGUAAAAGGGAUUCUGAAUAAGGAAGGCUAUCACUCCAUUUUGCAACGCCAUGCCAUACCCAGUGGACAGCGCUUGAUUGGAGCCAAUUUCAUCCUACAACAGGACAAUGACCCUAAACACACCUCCAAAUUGUGCAAGAACUAUUUAGAGCAGAAG